CAACUUUCCGGAUGAACAAGCAAGCAGUGUAUCCUUGUGCAAAAUAGACCCAUUGAGAGGGAAUGGAAAGAGCUCAUUAGCUGAUGCAACACAAAGCUUCAACACCUUGACACAGCCAGGCUGAACCUUUCGUGUUACCUGUCAUCUUCACCAGGCUUCCUUAGAAUCAUCCCCAGACAGCCGUUGGCAUCAUCUGCUGUGCCACAAGAGUGUCGCUUUCCUUGAGUCUAUUUCAAUUUCAACUCAAAGAGCGGCGAGCUCUCCCACUCUGCCUGCAACCUGGUCUCCUUUCAGCUUAGACGGCUUGCCAUGGCAGAGGUACGCUCCAAAUAAGGUCCGGUGCAUAUUCAAUGCAUUACAUUGAUAUCAGCCCUAUUGAACAGACACCUGUCAAUCAAAGCAGCCUGCGUAGGGGUCUGCAGCAUCAAUGGAUCAAUACCAAAAUGAAAAGUGCCGAGCCAUUGAAGACGCCUGCAAGCAGGGUGACCUCAGCACUCUAGUCAAGCUUGCAACUUCGACCGGUGGCCUUUUGACCGAUGAAGCUCGCCGGCAAGCUUGGCCGAUUUUAUUGGGUUGCAACCCUCAAUCUCGAGACGCGGCACAAGAACAGGCAAGCCAGACAUGGGGGAAACUACCCCGGCAUCCAGACGAAGACCAGGUGCAGCUCGACGUCGAUCGCGCCUUUGUUUACUACCCGAAAGAUGAAUCUGAACAAUCUCUCGAUAGGCGGAAAACGGAACUUUCCAAUCUCAUUGUCUCGACACUGAGAAGCCACCCAAUACUCUCGUACUUCCAAAGCUAUCACGAUGUUGUACAAGUACUUCUUCUUGUGCUUGGGGAAUCAAGUGCCGCUGUUGCCGUACCACGGAUAUCUCUGAUGAGACUUCGUGACUACAUGCUUCCGACAAUAUCUCCUGCAAGAAAACACUUUGAAAUUGUCUCAGCCAUCGUCAAGUCUGCGGAUCCCGAGCUAGCCGACCACAUCGCCGAGGCCGAGAAUAGCUUCGCACUCUCAGCAACUCAUUCCUUGUUCGCCCACGACAUUCAAGACUACGGAGAUAUUGCUCGAAUGUACGAUUUCCUCCUGGCCCACGAACCAGUCAUGAGCCUCUACUUGUUCGCCGCCGUGACAAUCUCGAGGCGGUCUGAGUUGUUCGAGAUGCCUGCUGAUCAGUCCGACAUAUUGACCUUUGUAAUAUCCAAGCUGCCACAAACUCUCGAUAUUGACGCAUUGGUCGAAAACACCUUGACCCUGUUUGAAAAACACCCACCAAAUCGUCUACGAGGUUUCGUUUGGUGGCGUCUGUCACAGCUCAGUGUCCUCAAAACAUCGCGUCAGGGUGGUCAACGCCAAAGUUUGCAGGAGGCAGAAGAUCUAGCCCGGAAACAAAUCGAGCAGCUACGCCGAGAAGAAGUAUUGCAGAAGAGGAUGAGGUUAUUGGCGACGUACAGACGGCCGGUCCUCUCACUGACCGCUGCUUUGCUGGUAGGAACAAUGUCCUACUGGAUGAGGCGAAGUGGGCAAGACAGACACAUGUGGUCUAUACUGUCGUCGAUAAUCGACCAUCUGCGCAGCCCGAGCUGAGAGAAACACGUCACAGUCCAGACCAAAUCUUCUUCACCAAUGCACCACCAACUAAGAAAUGCGUCGAAGCCUAGGUGUCGUGAAAAGUACUUCGCCAAUAUACGAGACCAGACAGGACAAGGACAACAGGACCCAAUAGAUGAAAAAGGGAUCAUGGUCUUGCUUGUUACCACAAUCUACGACAUAUUUUCUGAGAAAUAACUGUCGAGCAAUCUAACAUGUGAAAUCGCCCCAAACCCUCUGGUCGAGGCCUGACCAGACACUCGGAGACUCAGUGGCGGUGAACCAUGAUAGUCGAACCCUCAGAAUUGAUCCUCCUUAUGUACAAUAACGCCUUUUUAUUCUCAUAGCUUGUCAGUUAAAUACACUACAGCACAAAUAAUUUG